GAAGGAGGCAUGGGGUUCUAGGCAAGGGAGGCAGUCUCUUAGGCCUGGAGCAAGGGGCCAGGGGCCUGGGCAGGCCACAGAGCCCCACAGUGCCCUCACUACCCUAUUAAUGGGCCAGGAAUCUGGAAGCCAGCCACCACAUGCCCUCAUGCCCAGGGUCUUCCAGCAGGUGGAGCUGAAGAGCCAAGAGGCUCAGAGUCUGCAGCAGCAGCGAGGCCAGUACCUGGGUCACCUGAAGCAGUACGUGGCCACUUAUCAGCAGCAGGUGGCAGCCUAUCAGCAGCUGACCUCUGAGAAGGAGGCGCUGCACAGGCAGUUACUGCUGCAGACCCGGCUCAUGGACCAGCUGCAGCAGCAGGAAGCUCAGGGCAAAGCGGUGGCUAAGAUGGCCCGCCAAAAGUUGCAGGAGACCCAGGGGAGGGAGUUGCUGAGGACAGGGCCCCGAGAGGGACAACCUGGCAACCUCUGUGCCUUCUCACCCUCUUUCCUGGCAUCUCAGGAGCACCUGGAAGCUACCAGCCAGCAGAACCAGCAACUACAGGCCCAGUUGAGCCUCAUGGCUCUCCCUGGGGAAGGUACAGGACACCACUCAGAGGAAGAGGAGAGAGCCCCAGGAGGAAAGGGGGACUGUUAGCAGCGUAGGAUUGAGGAGAUGGAAGAGACCUUUAAGACAGCUGGUCAUUAUGCUGACUGGAUAUCUGCACUAAGUUUGGCAUCAAUAUGGUGACCU